UCAUGUUGUCCAAGUGUUGCUUUUGCGUUGGCCUUAGCCUUUUACUUCGACAAAGACAUCUGCGGAAAAUUGAUUGAGCAACCUGAUUUUGAAAUGGAUAUGGACCAGUGUAUGGAGUGGUAUAUAAAGGCUGCUGCAACAAUGAUCAUAUUUCUUGGAAUAUCGUGUCUCAUUGACCUUCACUUUUGUAUGGCAGUAUGGUCUUAUUAUCAGAGACUCAAAGUUGAAAAACAAUAUGAUAGUAUUCCGGAUAAUGGUUAUGUUGUUUAUUAUACUCCGGUUCCCGCUUACACUGUGGUUCCACCACCGAGUUACGAGAGUGUUCCUCAAGAAGACCUCAAAAAUACUUCAAUUGGCUCUAACGCUUCUGAUGAAUCUAAACAAUAA